CGCGCUGUCCGGGCGGCCCCGGGCAUGGCGGAGGCGGCUCCGUGAGGGGUGAGCGGCGGCCGGGGGCGGCGGGACGGGCUCUCCGAGGCGGCAGCUCGGGUGCGGCCGUGUCCUGUGGGCCCGGGAGCCGCCGAGCUCCUUCCCGCGCUCCUCAAAAAUGACCUCUGGCCACUGCUCGCCGUCAUUCUUCCGUGUGGGUUUCCCUGACCGUCGCCGCUGCCGCUCCGGGCUCCUUCAAGCAGCAGAACUGAAAGCCUCACAAGACAGCGAUGGCUUUUUCUCUAGAAUUUGAAUAUGGAGGCCACGGGGACAGAUGAAGUAGAAAAGAUCAAAUCAAAGUUUAUGUCUGCAUGGCACAACAUGAAAUACAGUUGGGUGUUGAAAACAAAAACUUACUUCAGUAGGAACUCUCCAGUCUUUCUGCUGGGAAAAUGUUACCACUUCAAAACUGAGGAAUCUGGAGAGCUCUCUACAGAUGGGUCCAAUUUUGAUAAAAUCAACACUGAGAUUUCGGGGAAUGUCGAGGAGUUCCGCAAAGAUUUCAUUUCUAGAAUCUGGCUGACCUACAGAGAGGAAUUCCCUCAGAUCAAAGGCUCUGCUUUAACCACAGACUGUGGCUGGGGCUGCACGCUCAGAACGGGGCAGAUGCUGCUGGCUCAGGGUCUGAUGCUUCACUUCCUUGGGAGAGCCUGGGUGUGGCCAGAAGCUCUGGACAUGGACAGCUCUGACUCGGAGUCCUGGACCAGCAGCACUGUGAGGAAGCUCACGGCCUCCUUCGAGGCGUCGCUCACGGCCGAGAGGGACCCCAAGAUCCUGCCCCAGCCCCAGCGCGGCCCAGCGAGGAGGGACUGGGAUGUCACCGAGAUGAGGAACGAAGUUUAUCACAGGAAAAUCAUCUCCUGGUUUGGUGACUCCCCACUGGCAGCCUUUGGGCUGCACCAGCUGAUAGAGUAUGGGAAGAAAUCCGGGAAGAUGGCGGGGGAUUGGUACGGGCCCGCCGUGGUCGCCCACAUUUUGAGAAAAGCUGUUGAAGAAGCGAGAGACCCUGAGCUGCAAGGAGUAACAGUCUAUGUUGCUCAGGAUUGUACAGUCUACAGCUCGGAUGUUAUUGACAGGCAGUGCUCUUUUAUGGAUUCUGGGAAAGCAGGCACAAAAGCUGUAAUUAUAUUGGUUCCUGUGAGACUCGGUGGAGAGAGAACAAACACAGACUACUUGGAGUUUGUAAAGGGAAUUUUAAGCCUGGAGUACUGUGUUGGCAUUAUUGGUGGCAAACCUAAGCAGUCCUAUUACUUUGCUGGAUUCCAAGAUGACAGUUUGAUUUACAUGGAUCCUCAUUACUGCCAAUCUUUUGUAGAUGUCAGCAUAAAGGAUUUCCCUCUUGAGUCAUUCCACUGUCCUUCUCCCAAAAAGAUGUCAUUCAAAAAAAUGGAUCCGAGCUGCACAAUAGGAUUUUACUGUAGGACUGUGCAGGACUUUGAGAAGGCUUCAGAAGAAAUCACCAAGAUGCUGAAAUCUUCAUCCAAGGAGAAAUAUCCCCUGUUUACUUUUGUCAAGGGUCAUUCUAAAGACUAUGACUUUGUUUCCAGUCCACUCCAUGAAGAAAAUGACCUUUUCUCCGAGGAUGAAAAGAAAAGACUAAAGAGAUUUAGUACAGAGGAGUUUGUCUUGCUUUAAGGACAUUUUACACAAGAGCAUCGGCAGCUGUCCAGGAGAACACUUGCCUUUUAACUAUAAAAAGCAUACCUGAAUUCCUCCCCCAGAAAGGCAAGCCUGUGCUGAAAUUGGUCUAUUUUCAUAAAGAUGAUAAUGUUUUAUAUGUUAAAAGUCUUUAAGAUGUCAGUUACUAAUGUAUGUACUAAUUAUUUUUGCUCACUGCUGGCUGGAGGAGUGUCCGUGCCGUUGUGGUCGUGAAGGGAAAUGCUUUGCUCAGAGCCAGGUGUGCCUGCCAAGCCUGGCCAGUCCCUAAAUGCCAGCCUGUGCCCUCCUGUGCUGCCAUUCCAGGCCUCUCCUGAGCAGGGCUGCCAGCUGUGCCAGCUGUGCCAGCUGUGGCUGGGUUUUGCCAGGGAUGCACAUCCAGGGCUCUGGAGACCCUGCUGUUCCUGUCUGCAGCACAGCUGGAGCCGUUCCUGUGGGAAAGGGACAUGUCCCAGCUGUGUGGCCUCAGUGGCUCUGCUGCCACCCUGCCACCCAUCCCGAGCAGCUCCUGCUGGAAAGGUGAGGGUGAUGGAUCAGGAGUCAGUGUGGAAAGGUGAGGGUGAUGGAUCAGGAGUCAGUGUGGAACGGUGAGGGUGAUGGAUCAGGAGUCACUGUCACUCGCAGCCCUGCUGUAAUUAUAUAGGCUGAAUUGGGAGUUAAGAUACUAUUUAGCAGUAUGACUUUCUAAUGGUUUCUCAUUAAGCUUGCUUUGGAGCCUUAAUAUGAGGAGUGAAGAUAAAGUAUUACCUUUCCCCACAAUUUUUAAAGGUUAUACUAUUAAUAUUAACUGCAACCAAUCAAAGCAGCUGGAGACAAUUAUUGGAAGAGAGCAGUGUUUGUUUCCUGUUUCAACUACCAUAAUGGUGAGGCUUCUCCUGCCAGAGCAGCUUUUAAAUCAAAGCAAAAGGGGGUGGAUGUGGAAAAUUCUGGGCUGUGAUGAUUUUUUUUUGUUUUGAUACGUGUUGUUACUGUACAAAUGAUUACUUGAUGGUGUGUGUUCUCAGAUUGCAAACAAAUGUACAGAAAUAGUUUCAUGUUUUAACAAAGUAAAUGCAAUAUUUAAAAAACCAUAUUAACGCUGCUUGGGAAAUAAAAGAGGUGUGAAAACAUGAA